AUGCCAGAAAUGUCCUGGGCCUCAAAUAGGAAAACUCCCAAGGUCGAAGAUAUGGCAUACUGUUUGAUCGGCAUAUUUGACAUCCAAGAGAUCGUUGAACAAGAGAGCGAUCUAACGCUUUUCGCCUUGGUAGCCACGGACCAUGAUAAGUGCAACUCCGAGAAUUUGCUAUCUUCCGACAUCUUUGAUCACAACAACAAAUGUUUCGAGGAGGUUGGCAUUCAAUUGAGACGGAUCGGGGCCAAUAUCUACGACAAGACGAAUUACCAGUUCACGAAUUCGGUCAAUUCACAACAGGAAGUCCUUCCAAGCCGGGAUGACAUCUUGGUUACUCACAGAAUCCAUCAUCUUCAAGAUCGCAUUCAAGACCUCUAUGGAAAGGUUAUAGAGCCCUAUCGAAAUGCCAUAUUCAUCCUCUCGUGGAUUGGCGAACAUCUGGAGCGAACAACCCUUCUCCAGGUCAUCAGUGGUGUACAGAUAAGCAGGUCAUGA